AUGAUUUCAUACGCCAGCCAGCAGCGAGGUCUCUUGCACACUGGUUCCUUUACAGGCUACAGACCUUUCCAGCAGCUCGGCAGCCACUAUUUCUCCAUUUCCGGUUCCAACCAGGCCCUGUGUGGCAAUGAAGAAGGCUGGGGUCCCAUAAGCAAAUACAGAUACGAUUUUACCCCUUGCUUCGUCGACGUCUGGGUGGCUACUGUCUCUGUGUAUGCUCUCAUUCUGGGUCCUCUCGCUAUUUGGUGGUUGUUGAGAAAAAAGCAGUCAACAGAAAGCACCACCAAAAAUGCGCAUUUCUGGAUCAAGCAGUCCCUCCUGGCCUUCCUCAUCGCUGAUGUUGCUGUUCAACUGGGCAUUCAAAUUCUCGGCAUGCCAGGUCUCUGGUUCGGCGACUUCCGAGUGUUGACCACAGUAUUGACGAUUUGUUCCUUGCUCGUCAUCUUCUCGAUUCAAUGGAUAGAGCAUUCUCGAUUACGACACGCCAAUGGUGUCGUUCUCUUCUACUGGCUGUUACUCAUCAUCUCGCUUACCGUUAAACUUCGAUCUCUGAUCUCGCAGCAAGUCUACGAUGCCAAUCUGCCGUAUUUCACUGCCUUCUGUGUUGGGCUUGGCUUCUCCGUCGUCGAAUUCUUGGUGGAGUGGCUGUGGCCGCGCCAGCACGUUCCGAGCGGCUACGAGGCCAUAUCCGAAGAUGAAGAGUGCCCUGUUGAAUACGCUACCGUCUUUUCGCGUCUGACUUUUUCGUGGAUGACACCUAUGAUGCGGUACGGCUACAAAGUCUUUCUGACGGAAGCCGAUCUGUGGGGGUUGGCCAAGUCAGAUCAGACCAAGACGACGGGCUUGUCAUUUGAGAAGGCGUGGGCUCGUGAGCUUAAGAAGCGCCCCAAGUCUCCGUCUCUGUGGCUCGUCAUGUUAUAUUCCUACGGUGGACCCUAUGCUGUGGCCGCUUUCUUCAAGAUUGGCAAUGAUAUUUCCCAGUACAUCCAACCUCAACUGCUUCGUCUCCUCCUCAACUGGGUUAAGUCAUAUCAUGCGGAAGACGGUACGAAAGCUCAACCCGUUAUUCAGGGAGCAGCAAUUGCGCUAGCCAUGUUUGGGUGUGCUGUCUUCCAAACCGUGAUGGUGCACCAAUACUUUCAAAAAACCUUCGAGACCGGUAUGCGAAUCAAAGGCGGCCUUGCCUCGACAAUUUAUCGCAAAGCAUUGAGACUGUCAAAUGAGGGCCGGUCCACAAAGACCACUGGUGAUAUCGUGAAUUACAUGGCCGUGGAUGCCCAGCGGCUGCAAGAUUUGGCCCAGUUCCUACAGCAAGCUUGGUCCUCGCCUUUCCAAAUCAUCAUCUGCAUGGUGUCACUUUACAACCUACUCGGCUGGUCCAUGAUGGCGGGAAUCGUAGUCAUGAUUGUCAUGACGCCGGCACAGGGAUGGGUGGCUAGAGUGAUGAAGAAUCUGCAAAAGGAUCAAAUGAAGAACAAAGAUGCCAGGAGCAGGCUCAUCAACGAAAUCAUCACCAACAUGAAGAGCAUCAAGCUGUACGCGUGGGGCGCCGCGUUCAUGAACAAGCUCAACUACGUCAGAAAUGAGAAGGAGCUGAAAAACUUGCGACGAAUCGGCGCCACCCAGGCCUUUGCAAACUUCACAUGGAACACCGCGCCAUUCUUCGUUUCUUGCUCUACCUUUACCGUGUUUGUGCUCACGCAGGACAAGCCCCUUACCACCGACAUCAUAUUCCCGGCAUUGGCGCUUUUCAAUCUCCUGACCUUUCCUCUGGCCGUCUUACCCAUGGUUAUCACUUCCAUUGUCGAAGCGUCCGUAGCAGUCGGGCGCUUGACAGACUUUUUGACUGCAGAGGAAGUGCAGCCCGAGGCCAUCACUAUCGGGCCUGCCCCCCAGGAAAUGGGCGAGGAAACCGUCAUCAUCCGAGACGGAACUUUCUCGUGGAACCGUCAUGAGACCAAGGAAGUUCUUAAGGACAUUGACUUCACUGCGUACAAGGGCGAACUAUCAUGCAUCGUUGGCCGUGUCGGCUCCGGAAAAUCCUCGUUCCUGCAGAGCUUACUGGGCGAUUUGUGGAAAGUAAAGGGCUCGGCUGAGGUGCGAGGCACUGUUGCCUAUGCUUCCCAGCAAACAUGGAUCUUGAACGCCACUGUCAAGGAAAACAUCAUCUUUGGAUAUCGCUAUGAGUCGGAUUUCUACGAAAAGACGGUCAAGGCCUGUGCUCUGUUGGACGAUUUUGCUCAACUUCCUGACGGUGACGAGACGGUGGUCGGAGAGAGGGGCAUCUCCCUCAGUGGCGGCCAAAAGGCGCGUGUUUCUCUUGCCCGUGCGGUGUAUGCGCGAGCCGACAUUUACCUUUUGGACGACGUCCUGUCUGCGGUGGAUUCCCACGUCGGCCGCCACAUAAUUGACAAUGUGUUGGGCCCGCGUGGUUUGCUCUCGACAAAGACCAGGAUACUUGCGACAAAUUCCAUUCCAGUUCUGCGCCAAGCCAGCUUCAUCACCAUGCUCAAGGACGGGAGCCUGGUUGAGAAGGGCACCUACGGCCAACUGAUUGCCAAGAAAGGUUUAGUUGCCGAUCUGCUGAGGACUGCCGGGCAAGAAUCCAACGAUGCGUCGGGCAGUUGUAGCCCGCCUUCCAGUGACGCGUCCACCAUCAACGAGGGCGAGACCAGCAACAGCCAGGGCAGCCAGGACAGCCAGGACAGCCAGGACAGCCAGGACAAGGAGGAGAUUGACGAGGCGUUGGAAGAAGUGCCAGAAAUGGAACCCAUCAAGGGCGCGCAAGAAACGGGUAAAAAGCCGCGGUCCAGCAGCAUGGCCACUCUACGCCGGGCCAGUACAGCCAGCUUCAAGGGGCCCCGAGGCAGAUUGACGGACGAAGAAGUCGCCGGCCAUUCCAGGACGAAGCAAGCCAAGGAGUUUGUUGAGCAGGGUAAGGUCAAGUGGUCAGUGUAUGCUGAGUACGCCAAGGAGAACAACUUGGCAGCCGUUGCCAUGUACAUGUUUGCACUUUUGGCGGCCCAAUUCGCCGGCAUCGGUGGUUCCUUUUGGCUCAAGUCGUGGUCUGAACACAACGAAGAUGCAGGAACCAACGACCAUGUCGGCAAAUACAUUGGCAUAUACUUUGCGUUUGGCAUCGGGUCUUCCCUGCUCACGGUGGCCCAAACCCUGAUUCUGUGGAUUUUCUGCUCAAUCGAGGCAUCAAGAAAGCUGCACGAGCGCAUGGCCAACGCCAUCUUUCGAUCUCCCAUGUCCUUCUUCGACACGACGCCCACUGGACGUAUUCUGAACAGAUUUUCCAGCGACAUCUACCGCGUGGACGAGAUCUUGGCCCGCGUCUUCAGCAUGCUGUUUGUCAACGUGGCGCGGUCCUGCUUCACCCUCGGAGUCAUUUCCUUUUCCACGCCAGCCUUCAUUGGCCUGAUUGUCCCUCUGGCGUUGACGUACUACUCCAUCCAGCGAUACUACCUGCGCACGUCUCGGGAGUUGAAACGACUAGACAGCGUCAGCCGUAGCCCAAUCUAUGCGCAUUUCCAAGAAUCGCUCGGCGGGGUCAGCACGAUUCGCGCUUUCCGCCAGCAGGAGAGGUUCGAGCUGGAGAAUGAGUGGCGUGUGGAUGCAAACAUGCGAGCCUACUACCCUUCCAUCAGCGCCAAUCGCUGGCUGGCCGUGCGCCUCGAGUUUAUCGGCGGCGUGGUCAUCCUGGCUGCUGCCGGCCUCGCCAUCAUCUCCGUGUCCAGCGGCAGCAGGCUGAGGGAGGGGACGGUUGGUCUGGCCAUGUCGUACGCUCUCCAGAUAACCACUUCUCUCAACUGGAUCGUUCGCCAGACUGUGGAGGUGGAAACCAACAUUGUCUCGGUCGAGCGCGUUCUCGAGUACGCCAGGUUGCCCAGCGAGGCUCCGGAGAUUGUGGCGGAGCGGCGACCGCCGGUUGCCUGGCCUGCGCGGGGCGAGGUUGACUUUAAGAACUACAGCACCCGGUAUCGCGAGGGCCUGGACCUGGUGCUCAAGGACAUCAACCUCGACAUCAAGACGCACGAGAAGAUUGGCGUGGUCGGCCGAACCGGGGCCGGCAAGUCGUCGCUGACGCUUGCGCUUUUCCGGCUGAUUGAGGCGGUAACGGGCAGCAUCGACAUUGACAGCAUCAACACGUCGAGCAUUGGGCUGCUCGAUCUUCGCCGCAGGCUGGCCAUCAUCCCGCAAGAUGCGGCCUUGUUUGAAGGCACGGUUCGCGACAACCUUGAUCCGGGCCAUGUCCACGACGAUACGGAACUCUGGAGCGUGCUCGACCACGCCCGGCUGAAGGAGCACGUGGCAAGCAUGGAAGGGGGGCUCGAGGCCAAAAUCAACGAAGGAGGAUCCAACUUGUCCCAAGGUCAGCGCCAACUGGUGUCCCUCGCUCGAGCGCUGCUUACCCCGUCCAACAUUCUCGUUCUGGACGAGGCGACAGCAGCCGUCGACAUUGAGACGGACGCUAUGUUGCAGGCAACUCUUCGCUCGCCCCUGUUCGCCAACCGCACCAUCAUCACCGUAGCUCACCGCCUGAACACGAUUCUCGACAGCGACCGCGUCGUUGUCCUGGACAAGGGUCAAGUGGUUGAGUUUGACACGCCGGGGGAGCUGUUCAAGAAGCAAGGUGUCUUUUACGGGCUGAUGAAACAGGCCGGGCUGGAAAUUGAAUAA